UCUAACUCUUAGAUUAGCUCGCAGUGUAGAUAAGAAUAGAUAGAUCCUAAUACUUAGGAUCUGUAACAAACCUUAGUUUAUCUGUAAUCUUGUAUAUAUAUCAUUGCCGGAUGGCUCAAUAAUACAAGGAAGAUUAAUUCUUCAAACCUACAUGGUAUCAGAGCCUCGGUUUAAACAAUGGUAGAAACCAGUGAGGCUGAUUCCUCACACACUAUCAACCCUAACUCCCAAAUUAGCUCUAUGACAAAUUACCAGUCUCCUAUUCAUUCAUCUAUGAUAAUCACUAGUCAUAGAUUGAAUGGAACAAACUAUCUGGAGUGGUCUCAAUCUGUCAGACUUGCAAUUGAUGGGAGGGGAAAGCUGGGUUACAUCACAGGAGAAAUUCAACCAAAACUACCUGCAGAAGAAGGGUACCGUACAUGGAGGUCAGAGAAUUCACUCAUAACAGCUUGGCUUCUCAACUCCAUGGAGCCCUUAAUUGCCAAACCUCAUAUGUUUAUGAAAACUGCAAAGGAGGUAUGGGAUUCUAUCAAGGAAACUUAUUCAGAUCUUGAGAACUCUUCUCAAAUUUUUGAACUCAAAACCAAACUGUGGCAAUCUAAACAAGGAAAUAGGGAUAUUAUUUCAUACUACAAUGAAAUGGUAUCUCUGUGGCAAGAAUUAGAUCAAUGCUAUGAUGAUGAAGAGUGGGAGAGUGCUAAGGAUCUGGCCAGACAUAAGAAAAAAGAAGAGAAUGAUAGGGUCUAUAUGUUUCUAGCAGGGAUCAAUAGGGACCUGGAUGAAGUUAAAGGGAGGAUACUUGGAAAAAAACCUCUACCCUCUAUCAGGGAGGUAUUUUCUGAAAUCAGGAUGGAGGAUAGCAGGAAGAAGGUCAUGUACAACACCCCAGUACCUAAUGAGGAACCUGGGGAAUCUUCAGCUUUGGUGGCCAGAAGUGAUGACAACAAGAAAAAACCUUGGUGUGAUCAGUGCAAGAAACUGUGGCACACAAGGGAUACAUGCUGGAAACUCCAUGGAAAACCACCAGGAGCUGGGAAGAAGAAAGUAGAAAGGGCCCUACAAACUACUGUGACUGAGACUCAACAAGAGGCAGGAGUUGAACCUAAACAGCUACCAUUCACUCAGGAACAGAUAGAGUACCUACUCAAAUUCAUACCCACCCAGAAAAUCUCCAACCAAGAAAACCCUACCUGUUCUUUUGCCCAAAAUGGUAAAAUAACAUCAUAUUUUUGUUCUGAAAAACCUAAAAACACCUGGGUCAUUGACUCAGGUGCAACAGACCACAUGACCUACAUUCCAAAGUUUUUUUCUUCUUAUCAACCUUGUGCAGGAGAUAAGAAAGUUAGAGUUGAAGAUGGCUCUUUUUCAGCCAUAGCAGGGAUGGGAAAUAUUAAAAUUUCCUCAUCCAUUAACCUUUCCAAAGUCUUACAUGUUCCUAAACUUUCCUGCAAUCUUAUCUCUAUUAGCAAAAUUACUAAAGAUCUUCAGUGUUGUGUAAAAUUUUUCCCUCUUAUUGCAUUUUUCAGGAUCUGGCAUCAGGGAAGAUGAUUGGAAGUGCUAGAGAGGAGGAUGGCCUCUAUACUUUUGAUGAAGGAACACAAUUGAAUAAACAAGGAAGCCCUAUCUGUACCUGAGUGGAAGAAGGCUGUUUUAGAAGAAAUGAAUGCCCUUGAAAAGAAUCAGACAUGGCAGACUGUAGAGGAAACUAUUGUGAAGAGAUUGAAGACCUGAAGAAGAAGCUUGCUCAGGAAUUUGAAAUCAAAGACCUGGGAGAGUUGAAGUAUUUUCUUGGCAUGGAGAUAGCCAGCUCAAAGAAGGGAAUUGUGGUAUCCCAAAGGAAGUGUGUACUAGACCUACUUCAUGAAACAGGUAUGAGUGCCU